GCCAGGGCCACGUCCUCUCCCAGGUCCCAGAUGUCCAGUUCCAGAUGCCUGGUCCCAGAGUGGGGAAGCUCUGGAGAAGCCCUCCCACCUCCCUCCACCAGCUGCUCAGGCAAGAUGUGGUGGUUGCUCCUCUGGGGAGUCCUCCAGGCUUGCCCCACCCAGGGCUUCGUCCUCUUGGCCCAGCAGCACCCCCAGCAGUUUUCAUCCCCUGGGUACCCCGAGCCGUAUCUCAAAGGCCAGCAGAGUGCCCUUGACAUCCAGGCUCCAGAGGGCUUUGCUGUGAGGCUCGUCUUCCAGGACUUCGACCUGGAGCCGUCCCAGGACUGUGAAGGGGACUCGGUCACAAUCUCAGCCAGCGGGAAGGAUCCCAGUCGCCUCUGCGGUCAGCAGGGCUCUCCUCUGGGCAGCUGUCCCGGUCCCAGGGAGUUUGUGUCCUCUGGGAGGCGUUUGCACCUGACGUUCCGCACACGCUCUGUCCCGGAAGACAAGAGCGCCCACCACCACAGGGGCUUCCUGGCUGUCUACCAGGCUGUGGCUGUGAACUCCAGUCAGCCCAUAACCAAGGCCAGCAGGGACUCUGGGGCCCUGGACACACCUGCGGAGAACACCUCCAGGAUCCAGAACCACUGCCAGGAGCCCUACUACCAGGCGGUGCUCCCAGGGACACCUGCCUGCCCAGCCCAGGGAACCUGGAAGGACGGACGGCCAAAGGAGGAGGUUCCUCAGUGUGUGCCCGUGUGCGGGCGGCCAGUCACCCCCAUUGUCCAGGACCAGACCAGCCGUGGCUCCUCCAAAGCUCAGCUGGGCAACUUUCCCUGGCAAGCCCUCACCAGCAUCUACGGCCGCGGGGGCGGGGCCCUGCUGGGCGACAGGUGGAUCCUGACGGCGGCCCACACCAUCCACCCCAAGGACAGCGUCUUUCCCGAGAAGCCCCGGAGUGUGGGUGUGUUUCUGGGCCACACAGACGUGGAAGAGAUGAUCAAGCUGGGAAACCACCCCGUCCGCCGGGUGGUUAUGCACCCGGAUUACCGUCCGCAUGAGUCCCACAACUUCACCGGGGACAUCGCUCUUCUGGAGCUCGAGCAGAGCGUCCCGCUGGGCCCCCACCUCCUCCCCGUCUGUCUGCCCGACAACGAGACCCUCUACCUCAGCGGCAAGUCAGGCUACGUGAGCGGGUUUGGCAUGGAGAUGGGCCGGUUACCCACCAAGUUGAAAUAUUCGAGGCUCCCCAUAGCUCCCAGGGAGGCCUGCGAGGCCUGGCUCCGGGAGAGGCAGAGGACCGAGGUGUUUUCCGACAACAUGUUCUGUGUCAGGGACAACACGUGGGAGAAUAGUGCCUGCCAGGGAGACAGCGGCAGCGUCUACGUGGUAUGGGAUGACCACGCCCAUCGCUGGGUGGCCACCGGCAUCGUGUCCUGGGGUGUCGGGUGUGGCACUGGGUACAGCUUCUACACCAAAGUGCUCAACUACGUGGACUGGAUCAAGGAGGUGAUGGACAGCACAGAAUGACCCUGGGGUGCUUGGGUGGGGACCAGCCAGCCCUGUGGGGGUUGGGAGUGAGGGCUGCACCUUGGGCAGGGUGGGCAAAGGAUCCCUACGCAGGUCUGAGAUGGAGCCAUUGUGGGAGAGAGCUCCUCCCCCCAGGCCUGCUCCAUCCCAGGUAGGAAGCCUGGUCCCCAGCCCCACUUUCUCCCUCUGCCUUCCUGCACAUUGACACAGGGAAGAGCCCGAUGUCUCAGCAUUUUGCACCUUAACCGUCUCCCUCUGCGCUUCGUCCAUUAACACAGCUUCUUCGGUACCUACCUGUAUGAGAGUCACCUGCUCGCCCCCACUCACGUGGAGUGUGGCAGGAGCAGCCUUCAUGGCAUUCGCUUCUGGAACAUUCCAAAGACCCUGUAGUUGGCCUCCAAGUUGUCAGACUGUUGGCUUUACCACCUGCCACAACUCCUAGGUGCAGCUACGGUAACAGCUCUUGAGUUUUCUGUCUCCUAUACAAAACAGGUGCUUCGCAUGGUCUUUCACUUAAUUCUAGCACCAGGUUUGCAAAGGACGUAUCGUAGUUUGUUGUACAAAUAAAGAGACUGCAGCUCUGA